AUGCUGCAUCUUCCACAAGAUAUUCAGCUCUGCAUCGUGGGGUAUUUUUCCACUGAAACAUUCAAAGCGCCAGAACAACACAAUGCCUGGAAAACUGCUACCAAAACUCUUUCGAGCCUAUGCUUGACUUCAAGAGGAAUGUGCGCACUCGCACAACCACUACUCUAUCGAACUUUUGUCAGACUGUCGAAAGGCUCAGAACCAGACAUACAUGGAGUGGUCGGUUCUGAUAUUGGAGUGAAAGCAACCAAAACACUGGAGCUAUUCAUACGUACCUUGUUGGAUCGACCUAGCCUGGCAGACCUAGUCUGGUACAUUUAUUACGAAAAAUCUGACACGCCCGAAGAGGAUACUCGAGCACUGGACGAGACUUUGUUGAGUAAAUGUCUUGAGUCUACACAAAGGAUACCUGCUUUUGAUCCAGGAUCAGAGAAUUAUGAUUGGCACGACACAUGGUGCUCUGAUUUGGCGAAAGGCAGGGAUGACGCAAUAAUAGCUCUUCUCCUAACAUUAGUGCCCAAUCUCAAGCAUCUAGACAUCAAGUCUUUCCGCAUGACGUUCAAUCGACAUUUUGGCGUGCUGGUAAAGCAAUCUCUCGGCAUUGCUUCGUGGGUCAAAGACGAAAGUAGUUCUACAGCCAGUGUCCCGAGCUUCAAACUUGUUACUUCUGCACCGCGUCCAAAGGCAUAUCUUCCAUUUAUCUGGCAGCUGGAAUGUUUGUUUCUUCGUAAACAGAACUGGAGGCAUUCGAAUGUUGAUAUAGUGUAUAUGCCCCUCUUCUACAUCCCCACGCUUAAGUCUCUCAACCUCAUCAACACAUGGGAAUUUUUCAAAGACAAUGCGGCCAACUAUCAGAUGCCACCGUUGGGGAAUGUACAACACUUGCGAGUUGAAGGCGUCGAAUCCUGCUCACCUGGGCUGGUCACGCUCAUUGGAAACUGCAGCAACUUAAAUUCGCUCGAGUAUGUGUCAACGGGGUUUUCCUUUCUCGAAGCUAGACUUGAUCAGAAGUGGCUUGACGUUCUGGAAAAAAGGGCCAACACUCUCAAACGACUGCAGUUGAUUUUGUAUUACACCGAUUACUAUUCGGACGGCAUGGUUGACUCUAUCAGCCAAUUUGACCUUCGAGGACUCUCGCAGCUCGUUUUCUUGGAAAUAAGCCAGGACAUAAUCAUCCCUGAGUUCAGUUCCCAGAGAACAGAAUUAUUAGAUUUGCUGCCGAGUUCGUUGGAAAGUCUGGUUAUACGCGACAUUGAUGUCACGUUCACAACCACUUUAUCGAGGUUUGUGGAACAAGACGGCUUCCGAUACUUUCCUCAACUGCGAUAUGUUGAGCUUGUUGAGAAGGAGGAUCUCGCCGGGCAUUGUUCGAACAGUACCGAGUCAUCAGAGAACUUUGACAUCGAUCGAAUCUCAUGGUCCGCUGCUCGCACUCAAUUGAUUGAGAUGUGUCAGAAAGCCGGUGUCAAGUGUAAGGUCUGA